AUGUCAGGAACCUCGGUUUCGGAGACCCCGGCACUGACACCUCAGUUCUGUUUUAAUGAAAAGCUCCUUCAAGAUUUUCUUCGCUUAUCCCGCUCAACAAUCGACGAUUCAAUUACACAGAACUUAAAUGCCUUGAUCACGCCCGCUCAAGAAGGGUUCGACCCGUCGUCAACCGCCGUGCGGCAAACCGAUUCUAGAGGCCAGAAAGUCAUCCACCCCGAGGCUUGCCAGGGCUUCAAAGAGAACGUGCUCUUCUCGUCAUGGCAGACUCGCUCUGAUGUCUUGAAUUAUUGCGCUGGGGUAGCUACCAGUCCCGAUCCCGAUGAUCCGGAUUUGAUUCUUCGAGAGAACGAGUCCGCCCGGGACCGAGAGCGAGUUGUUGAUGAACGACUGGACCCAUAUUCGGGUCGCUUUUUCCCUAAGGAGCCUCGAACCGAGUCACUGGCUAAUUUGGUUCGCAACCAGCGCAUGGUGGAGGAAAUCAUACGAGCUCGGACAUGGGGGUUGGUAUCAGAAAGAUGUGGCGCUGGCUCGUCAUGGGAAGAUGCUCUCAAUAGUUGGCGACACAAGCACCAACGAUGA